AUGUCACAACCACAAGCUCUGCUGGAACCUGGUACCAGUCUCUCACCAUCAACAACAAAGCGUAGAGGUGAUCAUACCACUAACCCUUCUUCUCAGCAUAGGAAUGCACUUCUUCAGCAUCAGGACUUCAAGACAGCCCACAUGAAGAAAGAAGUGGAAAAAGCAGAGCCAAGGAGGUGUCCACCCUGCAAAAAACGAUCAAGAGCAAUAGAAACUAUGGAUCGACACAACAGCCAAACUGACCGGGCAUGGGUCAACAUUAAGCAAUGGAAAAAAAGAAUGAAAGAAUACCCAAAUGUCAGUCCAACCUCCAAGACAACAGCAAUAACCAGGACCAACAGAGUUUGCCGCUCUUCUGACAGAAUGGCAAAAGACAGCUGCAGAGGGAAGUGUGGAGACAAGUACAGACGAGGCUACACGUGCCAGUGUGACUUUGAGUGCUUUCGUUAUGGUGAAUGCUGCAAAGAUUAUAGAGAUCUCUGUACAUCAGAAACCUCAUGUUCUGGACGAUGUUUUGAGACACAUGAACGUGGUCAGAAAUGUCACUGUGAUUCCAAGUGCAUGGAGUACAAUGAAUGCUGCUCUGAUUUUGUUGCAAGUUGUCGAAAAGAUUCAUGGAAAAGUCCAACAACAUUCUUACCAACUACCAGAUCAACUUCAUUAUUCACCAGCUUUACGUGGAAACCAGCAACAGCAAAGCAACCGGAAUUUAUCAGCGAUGCGGCGAUUCAACAAAGCUCUGCCAGCCACUUGGGUGAAGAAACUAAAAUCAUCAAUGAACCUACAAAGCCAAGAAAUGGAAGUAUUAAGGUAAUUAAAGAACCUACCACCAUGAAUCUCAUCAGCUUCAGGCUCAUGGGUAACACCACAGAAGAAGAUCUUUCUGUGAUAGAAGAGUCAAAUACCAUGGAUCCAAACUUAGAAAUAGAUGAAAGCAAAGAAUCCAAUAUCCUUAAAGAGCUUGUUUCCAGAAGAAUAAAAGAUGGAUCUACACAGCCUACUUUCCAUGAUGAAUCAUUUAACAUAAACUCAAGCAGUUUAGAUAAAGAAGAAACAGAGGCCACCGUUCCUGAAAAAACCACGUAUACUGAAAUUUCAGGGAUCUUAGUUUCAAACAGUGCUCCAAUUAUGGAUCCUGACAGCUUUGACCAUGCAGCAACGAAAGAACGUGUUACUCCUGACAAAGCUGAAACAAUGCUCCCAAACUUGAACAAAAAAGAAAUAAUAGGACCCAGCAUUCCUAGGGGUACUUCCACAGAUUAUAAAGUUAUGGACAAAGAAAGAUUGCCGAUGCCACCUGUUAAUGAAGAUUUUAUGAUAGAUUCUAAAUCAUUGGAUAAAGUUGUAAUGACAAAUCCCACUAUUCCAGAUGAAUUUGGUACCAUAGAUUCUAACAGCUUGGAUAGAGAAGGAACAAUAAAGCCCACUGCUCCUGAUGGAUCUGCAACCAUGGAUCCAGAUAGUGUGGACAAAGAGGAAACACAGAGCGCAAUUCCUGAAAUACAUGCUGCCACGAAUCCUAAAACUGCACAGUCCUUUGCUCCAAAUAAAGCUACUUCUAUGAAUCCUGACAAGUUGAACAAUGAAGCAACAAUAUCACUUAUUCCUCCUGAAGAAGCUGUAACAAUCCGCCCAAACCAGGACAAAGAAGGCACAAAGCCUACUGUUACUGAAGAUGGCACCAUGAACUCAAAACAUAUUGAUAAUGAGAAAAUACAGACCACGGUUCCUCAAGGAUCUGAAACCAUGAGUCCUAAAAUUUUACAGUCCUUUCCUCCAAGUAAAUCUAAAAAUAUGGAUUCUGCUAAAUUCAACAAUCCAACAACAAAUCAAUCCAUUACUCCUGAGGUAGCUAUAACAAUGCUCCCAGACCUCAAUAAAGAAGCAACAACAAAACACACAGUUCCUGAAGAUAGUACGCCAGAUUCUAAAAUCUCCAAAAAAGAAGGGAUGACAAAACUGAAUUUUCCAGAAGAAGAUCAUGCCACACAUUCUAAAAUUUUGGCUAGAGAAGGAACAACAAAGCCCACUAUUGCUGAGGAUGGUACUGUGAAAUCGGAAUCAUUGGACAAUACACAGACCAAUGUUCCUGAAGAACCUGCAACCAUCCAUCCUGAAAUUUCACAGUCCUUUGCUCCAAACAGAGGUAUUACUCUGGAUCCUGAUAACCUGGAUAAUGCAGCAACAAUAAAACCCAUUCCUCCUGAGGGAGCUGCAACAAUCCUUCCAAACUUGACCAAAGGAGGAGCAACAAAGCCCUCUAAUCCUGAAGAGGGUACUGUGGAUUCUGAAUCAUUGGAUAAAGACAUAACAACAAAACCCACUGUUUCUAAAGAUAAUAUCACAGAUUCUAAAAUCUUGGAUAAAGAAGGAAUGACAACACCCCCUGUUAACGAAGACAUCACAAUUGAUUCUAAAUCCUCAGAUAAAGAAGGAACGACAAAACGCACUGUUACAAAAGAGGAUGGUACCACUGAUUCUCAAAGAACAAAGUCCGCUGUUGCUGAGAUUGGUAGCAUGAAUUCUGAUUCCUUGGACAGUGAAGCUACAGAAACAACUGUUCCUGAAGAAUCUGCAACCAUGCAUCCUGAAAUUUCACAGACCUUUUCUCCAAAUAAAGCUAUCACUAUGGAUCCUGAUAACUUGGACAAUGUAGCAAUAAUAUCUCCUAAAGACACUGCAACAAUGUUCCCAAAAAUAGACAAAGAACGAACAGCAAAGUCCACUGUUCAUGAACGAUCUGCAACAGUGGAUUCUGAUAAAUCAGACCAAGAAGAAACGCAGACCACAGUUUCUCAAAAAUUUACAACCAUGAUUCCUGAAAUUUCAUGGUCCUUUGCACCAAACAGAGAAACUACUCUGGGUCCUGAUAACUUGGACAAAGCAGCGACAAAAUCCAUUACUCCUGAACAAGCCAAAACAAUGCCUCCAAACCUGGACAAAGUAGGAACAAUAAAACCCAUUGUUUCUGAAGACAGUGCCAUAGAUUCUAAAAUCUUGGAUAAAGAAGGAAUGACAAGACCCAUUGCUUUGAAAGAAGAUGGCACCACAGAUUCUAAAGUUCUGGAUAAAGAAGAAACCACAAAGUCCAUGAUUGCUGCAGAUGGUACGGUGAGCUCUGUAUCUUUGGACAAAGAAACAACAAAGCCCAUCAUUCCUGAAAAUAGUACCGCAGAUUCGAAAACCUUAGACAAUGAAGGAUUGACAAUCACCUCUGAUCCUCAACAUGGUACCAUGGAUUCUAAAUCAUUGUACAGUGCAGCAACAAUACAACCCAAAACUCCUGAAGACAGUGUAACAACGCUCCAAGACCUGGAAAAAGGAGGAACAUCAAAACGUAUUGUUCCUGAAGAUAAAAUCUUGGAUAAAGAAGGCACAACAAAGACCACUGUUGCUGAUGAUGGUACUAUGAACUCUGAAUCCUUAGACAAUGAUAAAAAAGAAACCAGUGUACCUGAAGGAUCUGCAACCAUGUAUCCUGAUGUUUUAAAGUCUUUUGCUCCAAAUAGAGCUAUAACUAUGGAUCCUGACAACUUGCAUAAUGCAACAACAGUACAGCCUAUUCCUCCCAAGGAAAUUGCAACAAUCCUCCCAUAUUUAGACAUAGUAGGAACAACAAGCUCUACUGCUACUGAAGAUGACAUCCUUGAUUCUAAAUCUUUGGACAGAGAAGGAACAACAAAGCCAAUUGUCCUUCAAGAAGUGGGUACUAUUCAUCUUAACAACUCAAAUAACAAAGGACAAGCACAGCCCACUAUUCAAGAAGCUUCCUUCACUGAACCAGACUUAGACAAAGAGGGAAUGACAAAGAACGCUGUAGCUGCAGGACCUGUUACUCUAGUUUCAACAUUAAACAAAGCAAGUAUGCUACAGCACAAUGUUUUGGAAAGAACUGGGAGUAUGGAACCUGCCAACUCAGACAUUGAAGGAAUCGUCAAUAGUGAAGAAUCAAUCACAAAGGAUUUGAACUUAAAAAUUCAAACUGUAAAGCCCAUCAUUCCGUAUAAAUAUACAGCAAAAGAUCAUAAUGUGACCACUCCAAACCACAUACCCCAAGACAGUGAUGACAAUUUGGUAACUAAUGUUACAUUACCAUCAGCAGCGCUCAGAGGUCAAACAAUGAUGAAAAUUCCAUCAUAUGAAGACACUGGCACUAGAAAAACACCUUUGAAGUUUCCUGCUGAUACGAAAUUAGGAGGCAGAGGAAACUACGAGGAAGUAGUUACGGAAGUAGGCCAUCUUAAUGAUCCCAAUUUAUGCAAUACGAGGCCUUCAGAUGCUAUGACAACUCUACAAAAUGGAACUACGUACAUUUUUAGAGGUCAUUUGUUUUGGACGAUGGACCAGAAAAGACAAGCAUUAGGAAACACUGGUAGGAUUUCUGAUGUGUGGGGAAUUCCAUCUCCCAUAGAUACAGUCUUCACAAGGUGCAACUGUAAUGGGAAAACAUUUUUCUUUAAGGGUGAACAGUAUUGGCGAUUUCAGAAUGGGGUCAUGGACAGAGGUUACCCUCAAUCAAUAGCAAUCGGCUUUGCUGGAUUGAAUGGGAAAAUAAGGACAGCUCUUUCAGUAGCUGCAUACAAAAAUAGACCCGAAACUGUGUACUUCUUCAAAAAUGGUGGACGUUACCAGAAAUAUGUUUAUCAAAGAUCCCCCACAAAUUGUGCACUACGCACUGGUACCUACACUUACCGGGUAUUAAGGCAACGCUUCAAACGCCAAACACUGGUUAUAACAAAGACUAUUAAAUCACUGAAGACAGGGCAACUUUCUUCAGCAAUGUCAGUCAGAAAAAAUUGGCAUGGAUUUCCUGUAAGAGUCACUUCUGCCAUUUCAAUUCCAAAUCUUGAACGUGCUGAAAGAUAUGAAUAUUAUGUUCUUUCUGGUGAUAAGUACUACACCGUUGAUCCUGCUAACCAGAAGGCCAUUAAUACAAGAAGAAGCGUAAUGAAGGACUUGUAUGGAUGCAAUUAG